ACUUCCGUUUCUUUACUUUAGUCUUUUUUAGUUCGAUAUUUACGAGAAUUAGGAAUUGACUCUGAAUAAUAUCACAUGUUGAGGGACUCAAUAUGACUGGUGAUUAAGUAGAGUUUUAGGGUCACUUGUUUUGGCAUAGAAGCAAAAUUCACGAAAUUCAAAAAAACAUUUGGCUGCGCCGUGGCCUCCUGGCCGCAUGGGGCGCUAUGACGUCAUCAGGGACCUGGACAGACCCGGAAAACCAGGAGGGAAAGUUCGCAGUUGGGCAGUCGGACUGUAUAUUUAACUCACACAGCACUAUGGAUGAAAACCAGGAUUUCGGUGUUUCUUUAUCAGAAAGUAAAGCUUCGUAUGUGCUGAGCAAUGUUGCCGAAGUGGUGGAACGAAUUCUGACUUUCGUACCAACCAAAUAUCUUCUUCAAAUCGCCAGUGUUUGCAGGCUGUGGAGAAACUGUGCCUGCAGAGUGCUGAGGUGUCCGCAGCAGCCGAGCUGGGCGUCAGCCUGCGGGCCGUCCAAGACAGAGGCUCACGCCCUCUGCAGCGUCCUGGCCGAAGAGGUGGAGAAAGUGUUUCUCCUGCCUAAAACUGUCCUGGCGAUGGUGGACAGUGAGGUCUACAGUGAUGACACCUAUUGUUACAGACAGAGUAAAGCAAAAAGGAGUCGUCACAGUCUAGACACUGCUGAACAACUGAAGCUGCUCUUCCCCAAAGGCUGUGACAUUUUGGGCAUUACCACACCAGGGAUAGUGUUGACUCCCAAUGGCCCCUGCUCCAUUCCUCCUCAGGAGUACCAAGAAGGGGAGGCUGGGUUUGCAGUCAUGUUUCCUGGAAUGGAGGGUGUCAACAUCAAGCCCUUUCAUUUUUGCAAGAAGUCCAACUUUCCAACAGCGUUAGAAGAAGCAGGUUUAGUUGACAACCCAGAGCUGCGUGUGGUGCUGUUGUUUGUUUAUGAGGCAUAUACAUCAGGAGGAGUGCGCUUCCUCAACCAGAUACUGGAGCCUCUAGCUAAGAGCAAAGCUCUGAUCGCUGGAGGACUAGUAGAAAGUGUCUUCUCUCCUCCCAGACAGUGUUGCAGCCAGGGGACGUAUGGUGUGGUGGGCCUGGCCCUCAGUGGCCCUAAGGUUCAGGGGGCAUCUGUGCUUUUGAACCAAGACAUCAGCACCCCAAAGGCGGCUGAAGACACAAUCCGGCGAUUGAAGGCUGCAAAAAUCCCAGAGCGGAACACUCUUGGGUUCAUGUUUGCCUGCGUGGGGAGAGGCCGGAACUACUACAAUAACCAGACCAACGUAGAGGCCGACGCCUUUCGCAAGGUGUUCCCCAACACCCCGCUGUUCGGCCUGUUCGGCAACGGUGAGAUAGGCUGCGACCGAAUUGUCAAGGAUGACUACACACUGUGUGACAAUGAGGUGGACGGUUUGCAGCACGAGUACACGACAGUCAUGUCCCUGGUUCAUCUGGGCUGAGUGACGGUCGCAGCAGCGGACACACGGGAACAAAACGGGUGUUCGCACUCCUGUUUGCUGUGAAACAACAAACACGUUCAGAAUGUUAAGUUGCGUUACUAAAGCAGACAAUGAUCUCAUUGGCCAUCGUUUUAUGACAUCUCAUGAUAAGGUGUAUCCCCAGGACCUUGUGUGAACUCAGCUUUACAUUUAAAAAAAAGGCAGAUCCACUGUCCCGCUGACACCUGCUGUAAAAUAUGUGAACAUUUUCCCCCAACGUCCUCACAUUCGGUCAUUGUUACCUUUGCACAAGAUUAGAUUCAGAGAACGUUUCUCUCCUACGCCACUGCUGCUGUUACUGGAACAGCAAAAGCACUUUUAUUCAUGUAAGUAUGGGAAAUGUGGUCCAUCAAGGUGGCUCUGGUCUGAAUAACCACGUUAGCUCAGUUAACCUACAGGCGAAUCCUCACAGGCAACGCUUUUAAAUCUACUGUGGCUCAGUUGGGCUCAACAGAAACUAACGGUGCCUCCUCCUCAGUGUCCUCAACUUCUGCAGCUCGAAAGGACUGUUCUAAAAAGAAGCAGAACAGCUGCCUGUCGUGAUGGACGCAAACUUUAAAUUCCUCUAAUGGGUUUCCAGCUGUAGGUGAAGUCUUGAUCACAACGAUUUGUUUAAGCAUUUGUGAAGCUGUUUGAAGGCUGCUUGCUAGAGGCUCUGUCAUCAACGUGUGAUUUGAUUUUUCUCAUUACGCAGAAAAAUAUAAUUAUGAUUAAAAGGUGCAAUUUUAGGUAUAUACUGUAUGUUACACGGUAAAAUAGCUCAUGCUAACUUUUCAAUACUCAUUCUUUUGUAAAUUUUCACAUACUGCUGGGUCCAUGUAGUUUCUAAGAAGAAAAUUAAAAUGUAUUUUAAGUUCUGAUUUAUUGAACAAUGUUGUUGCACUUUUCUACAUGUGCCAAAUGAUCAGUUCUGGUUCCUCAAUAAAUCACUUUCAAUCUA